GGAGCGCCGGCGAGCGCAGCCCGGGACCGAGCGGGGCGGCGCGGCUGGCGGGGCUGGCGGCGGCUGGAGCGAGAGCGCGACGCGACGCGACGCGACGCGACCGCGGCUUCCCGAGCUCCGCCUGACCGCCCAGCGCCGCGGCCCGCCCGAGGCCUGGAGGGGUCCGGGCUGCCGUCCAUGGUCGCGGCGUCCUGAGGCGGGGGACGCGCCCGGCGCCCCCAGCCCUCCUCCGCCUCCUCCUCCCGGGCGGGCGGCCUCCUCCGGCGCCUCCCUGCGCCCGCCCGCCGCUCGCCGCCGCCUCCCUCCCUCCUUCCCUGCGGCUCCCCCGGCUUUUGGAGCCCGGGGGCGGCCUGUGGCGCGCGGAGCCCGCGCCGGACUGCGCCUCUUUGGACCUUGAGGGGAAACAUGCGUUUGGCUUGGAUCGUUUGAAAUUCUUAGUUUGGGAUCCCCGCCCGCCUGCCUCUUGCGCCCCGCGGGUUUUCUUUUCUUUUUUUCUUUUUUGCCUCUUCUCCCUUCCUGUCUCCUUUUUGACUCCCUUCCCCUUUAUGCUCGCCCAGCCCUCCCCCCGCUGCUGAUAAGUGGGGGAGGGUCUCGGCCUCCAGGUUCCCGCCCCACCGGGACCCGGGCGAGCAUGGGGGGCAAGCAGAGCACGGCGGCCCGCUCCCGAGGCCCCUUCCCGGGGGUCUCCACCGAUGACAGCGCUGUGCCUCCGCCGGGAGGGGCGCCCCACUUUGGGCACUACCGGACUGGCGGCGGGGCCAUGGGGCUGCGCAGCCGCUCGGUCAGCUCGGUGGCAGGCAUGGGCAUGGACCCCAGCACAGCCGGGGGGGUGCCCUUUGGCCUCUACACUCCCGCCUCCAGGGGGACCGGCGACUCCGAGAGGGCACCCGGCGGAGGAGGGUCCGCGUCCGACUCUACCUAUGCCCAUGGCAAUGGUUACCAGGAGACGGGCGGCGGUCACCAUAGAGACGGGAUGCUGUACCUGGGCUCCCGAGCCUCGCUGGCGGAUGCUCUACCUCUGCACAUCGCACCCAGGUGGUUCAGCUCGCACAGUGGUUUCAAGUGCCCCAUUUGCUCCAAGUCCGUGGCUUCUGAUGAGAUGGAAAUGCACUUUAUAAUGUGUCUGAGCAAACCUCGCCUCUCCUACAACGAUGAUGUGCUGACUAAAGACGCGGGUGAGUGUGUGAUCUGCCUGGAGGAGCUGCUUCAGGGGGACACGAUAGCCAGGCUGCCCUGCCUGUGCAUCUAUCACAAAAGCUGCAUAGACUCAUGGUUUGAAGUGAACAGAUCUUGUCCGGAACACCCUGCGGACUGACCCUGCUGGGCUUGCUUGCCGACUCCUCUCAAAGAUUGCUGUUUGCUGCCCAGCUAUAACCUACUCAGUGACAGGAACGGACACACCAGUCCUCGCCACCCAUGCCCCGGUGCUGGCGAGCUCACACGGUCUCUUCCUUUGCCCAGUGUCCUGACCAGCCCUCUCCACCACCAACCUCUCUACCUUGGUUUUUUUUUUUUCUGUUUUCCUGGCUUGGUUUUGCACUUUUCUCCCCUUGGGAUCCUGAUAUCUUGACUUCUUUGCCAAAAGAACAACCCCUCAAGGACUCUCUUCCCACCUCCAGUCCCAUUUCUUUACCUUUCCCUCUUUCUGGUUCUGGUCAGUUCAGAGGAUUUUACAAUCACAAGUGUCCUGCAAAAAUGCCUGAACGUUAUUCUUAGGCCCUUGUGGAUUUUUUUUUUUUUUUUGCCAGAAAACUUAAACAAAAAAGACUAAGAAAUAUGUACAGCUACCCCUGUUUUCAGGCAUUCUGUUUGAGAACAUUUUAGCCAUUGAUGUUCACACGUGGCAUCAGCCCAUGCAAGAUAGGUUUCUGUAUUUAUAUAUUAAAAUACAAAAAAAAAACCUUAUAAAAUGUUUAAAAAAUGUUCAAAGCUUGGGAGAAAAGCUUUCUUCAUUAGUCAAGGUGUUUUGAUAUGGUAUUAAAAUAAUGUCUAAUAAAAGGUGCGCUGUGUGAUUUUAUUUUAAUGAAGUAUUGUUAUACAAUCAAGAAAUGGGGGCAAGGGCCUGCCCCGCACUCCCUCACCUACCUCCUUAGCAUUCCUUCAGGCUACUACUUUGGGCUACAGGUGCAUAGAGUGGUUUUCAGAAGGUCGAUCCUGGGUGGAAGGAAGGUGCAGGUCAGGCAUGCAUCCUGCAAGCCUCCUGACCCUCUGAAACAUGGAACCAAUCUGCCAUCAUCUGUGGAGUGGGUGUGUUGAAACUAUUCUGGAAAGAGCUGCAGGGGCAGAGAUGUUGAAGCCACUGGAGGCUGCAAGGAUGUGGGUUCUUCCAGGUACCAGCCCAGCCCCCUUCCUCUCAGCCUCUGCUCCCCCGAUACCCGCCUGCCUGUUGCUCAGCUUGCAGCUCAGUGCUGACUCACGGGCAUGCUUCAUUGAGGCCCAGGAAGAGGCCCUGGUUUGGGGCUGAGCCAGCUCAGAGCUCUUGAACCAGAACCAGCCGCUGAAGCUCACAGAAGUUGGCAAAGAGCAGGCUGGGCGGGAGCUCGGGGCAGGGAGCAGCAGUGCACGCCUGGCCUCCUUCCCUGUGCCAGACAGGCUCCCAGAGCCUCCUGCAGAGUCACCAAGGAACGCUCUGGAGGGAGACACCUCCACACCUUCUCUGCUUUGACCCUUCUCAGGCUUCAGCCCCACCAGACCCAGGAUUCUGGAUCAACCCUCCACUCUGCAGUCACCUUCCCGAAGAUGCUUCCGGAAGCACCUACUCUGCGUAAGGGCGUUCGUUGCAGGCAGUGGGGAAGCGUGAGCCAUGGCAGGCGGGCACACUCCGCCUGUGUAGAGAAACACUAAAGAAGAGUUAGUUGUGAGCCUGGGUCUUAGCGUGGGACCUGCCUGGGGCGGAGCCCCCAAGCCGUCGUGAGAAUUGGCAGCAAGAACGUGGGCUCCAGACUGUGUGCGCUUGGGCUCUUCUGCUUCUUGGCAGAAUGAUCUUGGAGAAACAGCUUCAUUCAUCUGAACUUCAGAUUUCUCAUGUGUGAAAUAGGGACAAAAUCCCAUAGCUCAGAGGUCAUUGUGAGGGUCGGGGGAUCUGCCCAGCAGGCCCUGG